AUGGCUCCAUCUCGCUCUACCCAUUGCACCAUCGUCAACAACACUUCGCUCACGCUGAACCUUAAGGGUAGCGGGUGUGACCAUGGCCGAUGGACUUUGAACUUUGGACCUUCCGAUACUGCCAAUACUAUCCCCCCUAACGACAAGAAGUCUUUCCAAGCCGAGUCCGCUGGAGUCAUGACCGGCGACCAGGGGUGGGUGACUUACGGCAGCGCCGCCGGUGAUUUCAAUUUCACAUUCAACAACCCUUUCAGUGGCUCCAACGGAUACAGUGACACUCCCGCCAAAGACUACAAUAUCAAGCGUGAUGGCGGCGAUGGCAAUGACGCUCGUGUUACCUGGACUAUUCGUGGGUCACACCAUUAUUAG